GCGUCAUUGCCGUUUAUAUAAGAACCCCCGCUUGAGAUACCCGUACUAUACAUACAUAAACGCCAUUGACCCCUCCCUCAGAUUGCGAUAUCUCCCAUUGCCAUUCCCUAUUCCAACCAUGUCUCCCCCCACUACCGCAAGGCAAUGGAUCGUCGCCAAAAAGCCCACCGGCCAAGUCCACCUCUCCGGCCCUGACGCCACCUUCGCCCUCGAACCCACCCCCCUCCCCGCCCUCUCUCCCAACCAACUCCUCCUCCAACCCCUUUACCUCUCCAACGACCCCGCCCAACGCCCAUGGAUCCAAGCCGGCACGGACCCCGAGCGCGCCUACACCCCGCCCGCCAAGCAAGGCCAGCCCAUGCGCGCCUUCGGCGUCAUUGCCAAGGUCGUCACCUCCACCAGCGGGAACUUCGCCGAGGGGGAUCUCGUCUCCGGGAUGUUAGAAUGGACGGAAUACACCGUCGUCGACGCGACGUCCGUCCAGAAACUGCCUGAGGUCGCCGGCAUCCCCACCACCGCGUUCCUCGGCGCCCUCGGCGGCACCGGGUUGACCGCCUACUUCGGCCUCUUGGAAGUCGGGCACUGCAAGGCCUCCGACGUGGUCGUGGUCAGCGGCGCUGCGGGCGCCACGGGGCAGAUGGUCGUGCAGAUCGCGAAGAAGAUGAUUGGGUGCAAGAAGGUGGUCGGCAUCGCCGGGUCGGCUGAGAAGUGCAAGACGGUGGAGAGCCUCGGCGCGGACGUUUGUGUGAAUUAUAAAGACGCGGACUUCGACAGCCAGCUGAAGAAAGCGACGGACGAGUUCGCGGACCUAUAUUUCGAUAACGUGGGCGGGAAGAUCUUGGACGCGAUGUUGACGCGAGUGAAGCGCGAGGGACGCAUCGUCGCGUGCGGCGCCAUCUCGGCGUACAACGACCAGAGCGCGGGCGCGAUUCACAACUGGUUCGAGAUCAUCUCGAACCGGAUCGCGGUGAAGGGGUUCAUCGUCACGGAUCAUCUGGCGCGGGCGGCGAUCGCGCGGGAGGAGCUGGUGGCCGCGUUCAAGGCGGGGAAGAUUCAGAUCUCGGGGGAUCAGGAAACCGUGGUAGACACCAAGUUUGAGGAUAUUCCGAAGACGUGGGUGAUGCUCUUCGCGGGUGGGAAUACGGGGAAGCUCGUAACGAAGAUUGUUUGAGCGCUUGGUUGCUCCUCGGGCAUGCGUAGAUGAACAUGGUCUCGAGAUACCAAUGACGAGUUUUCGGCGACCGAGGAAGCAUAUAUACCUAUAAAAGCAAUGACACCCAUACGAUGACACACUCUGCAAUGAACUGAGCAAAGUGAGCUGAGUGUCAAGACAUUAUUCAAUAAAGCCAUCGGAUUGGUCCACAACAGCGGCUGAGUAUCCCUUGGAUGG